AUGGCGGAAUACUGGAAAUCAGCACCUCGCUUUUGGUGCAAACAAUGCAAGAUCUUCAUUCGCGAUACGCCAUUCGAGAAGACCCAACACGAGGCCAGUCCAAAGCACCAAGGUAGCCUUAAGCGCUUCCUUCGUGAUAUCCACCGGAACAAUGAACAACAAAAAAGAGAGACACAGCGAGCGGAAAGCGAGGUUGAACGGUUACGCCAGGCCGUCGCAGGCGGGCCCUCGAAAAGCGAUCCCAACGCCCCUGCGCCUUGGAAGAAGACCGCUGCACCAGCACCCAAACCCGCCGAUCGCCCGGUCAGCAUGGAGGACAGGAAGAAACAAAUGGCGCAGUUGGCUGAAAUGGGCGUAGCGAUUCCGGACGAGUACCGCGGCGAUAUGGCCUUGGCUGGUGAAUGGCAGACGCUCUCGGAGACCAAGGUUGAGGAUCUACAAGGCGCUGCUAAAUCCAUCGGAGUCAGAAAGCGCAAGCAUGAUGGCGAAGAAGAGGAUGAGGAGGACGAUGGUGGAAAUCCCUCCGCGCAGCUUGUGAGCAGAGGAUGGGGUUCGAGGAUGAGGACGUACCCUGGAGCGCAGAACGACGACGAUGAUGACCUAGAUGCUCUACUUGCGACUACGAAGGAUUUGAAAAAGUCCAAACCCCAAGUCCCGGAACCAGACUCUGAGGAGUCCAAAUUGGUCGAAGAACAGAAGCCUGAGCCUGCUUCAUCUGCAACGAAAGAGGAAGAGGUCGUGGCGUCUAAGGACCAGGAGGCGGGCAGCUCUUCGCAUGUCAAGACCGAGGAACCUGGCAAUUCCCCUCUUCCACCGACCGAGGAAAAGUGGCAAAUUGAAGAUGCACCAGGGCCUAUUUUCAAAAAGCGCAAGGCCAAGGUUAUGAGGAAAUAA